AUGGAGCCAUCAGAGAUGGACCUAUAUCUACACAAAGGAUGUUAUUUUUUUCGAGUGCUGUCCUCACCUGAAAAUAUAGAUUCACUGGAAAGUUUUGAAAUCCGAGAUGAUGAUACAUUUAUAAUCACAUAUCCUAAAUCAGGCACAGUGUGGACUCAGAACAUUGUGAGCUUGAUUCUUUAUGAAGGUCAUCGAGAUGGAACUGAAAAUAUUAGCCUGAUUGACCGAGCACCAUGGCUGGAAUAUAAUAUUUACCAUGUAGAUUUACCUAGUCGCCCAUCACCUCGUGUCAUUUCUUCCCAUCUGCCCUACUAUUUGGUACCCAAAGGAUUACGAAAUAAACGAGCAAAAAUUAUUUAUGUGUUUAGAAAUCCAAAGGAUGUCUUGGUUUCUAGCUAUCAUUUUUACAAAAUUCUAACCAUAAUGGAAACAUCAAAAGAGUUUGAUGUUUAUUUCAAGAAGUUUUUGGCUGGCAAAGUGCCUAGUAGUUUGUGGCUUGACCAUAUAGAAGGCUGGUACACUCAUAAGGGUGAUUUCAAUAUUCUUUUCCUUUCUUAUGAAGAAAUGAAAAAGGAUCUGAGAAGUUCUCUAUUGAAAAUAUGCAACUUCUUAGGAAGAAAACUAACUGAAAAGGAGGUGGAUGUUGUGGUGGAUAAAGCUACAUUUGAUAGCAUGAAAGCGGAUUCUAGAACAAACUACGCAGUCAUGAAUCCUACCUUAACAGAGUCUAGCAAAGGGGUCUUUCUUCGUAAAGGCAUUGUUGGGGACUGGAAGAACCUCAUGACCGUUGCCCAGAGUGAAAGGUUUGACCGUGUCUUUAAGGAGAGAAUGGAAAAGCUGCCCUUCAGGUUCUGCUGGGAUAUUCAGGAGGAUCCUGAGCCUAUUUCCAGCUCAGGGGAGGAAAAUAAUGUGUGAUA